AUGGAGUUGUGCAAACAGAGCAUCAACCACGUCGCCGUCGUCUCCGGCGAUCCGUUGAACUGGAACGCGGCGGCGGAAAAUUUGAGAGGGAGCCACUUGGAGGAGGUGAAACGAAUGGUGGAAGAUUACAGGAAAGGAACGGUGAAAUUAGGAGGAGAGACGUUGACGAUUGGUCAAGUCGCCGCCGUGGCUAACGAAGGAGUGACGGUGGAGCUAGCGGAGGAGGCUCGUGCCGGAGUGAAGGCGAGUAGCGAAUGGGUGAUGGAGAGCAUGAACCGUGGCACGGACAGUUAUGGAGUCACCACAGGGUUUGGAGCAACUUCCCAUAGAAGAACCAAACAAGGCGGUGCACUUCAAAAGGAGCUUAUUAGGUUCCUUAACGCCGGAAUAUUCGGCGGUGGCGGUGGCGCCGGAGACACGUCACACACGUUGCCUAAGCCGGCGACGAGAGCGGCAAUGCUCGUCCGUGUCAACACUCUCCUCCAAGGCUACUCCGGUAUACGCUUCGAGAUUCUUGAAGCUAUUACAAAGCUUCUCAACCACGAAAUCACUCCUUGCCUCCCUCUCCGUGGCACCAUCACCGCCUCCGGAGACCUUGUUCCGCUCUCUUACAUCGCCGGUCUCCUCACUGGCCGUCCCAACUCCAAAGCCGUGGGUCCUUCCAGUGAGCCUCUCACUGCCUCUGAUGCUUUUAAGCUCGCCGGAGUGUCGUCUUUCUUUGAGCUGCAGCCUAAGGAAGGACUAGCCCUUGUGAAUGGGACAGCGGUUGGAUCGGGUUUGGCCUCAACGGUUCUGUUUGAGGCCAAUAUUUUGGCGGUUUUGUCGGAAGUUAUGUCUGCGAUGUUUGCAGAGGUUAUGCAGGGGAAACCAGAGUUUACGGAUCAUCUUACGCAUAAACUCAAGCACCAUCCUGGUCAGAUCGAAGCCGCUGCGAUUAUGGAACAUAUAUUAGACGGAAGCUCUUACGUUAAAGAAGCUCAACAUCUCCACGAAAUGGAUCCUCUUCAAAAACCUAAACAAGACCGAUAUGCUUUACGUACCUCACCGCAAUGGCUUGGACCACAAAUCGAAGUGAUCAGAGCAGCGACUAAAAUGAUUGAACGUGAGAUCAACUCGGUUAACGAUAACCCUCUGAUCGAUGUAUCGAGGAACAAGGCUUUGCACGGUGGGAAUUUCCAGGGGACACCGAUUGGUGUCGCCAUGGAUAAUUCCCGUCUAGCCAUUGCUUCAAUUGGAAAACUCAUGUUUGCACAAUUCUCUGAACUUGUGAACGAUUUCUACAACAACGGUUUGCCUUCUAAUCUAUCCGGUGGGAGAAACCCUAGUCUUGAUUACGGGUUUAAGGGCGCGGAAAUAGCUAUGGCUUCUUAUUGUUCCGAGCUUCAGUUCUUGGCUAAUCCCGUGACCAACCACGUCCAAAGUGCCGAGCAGCAUAACCAAGACGUUAAUUCCCUCGGGCUGAUCUCGAGCCGGAAAACCGCAGAAGCAGUAGAUAUCCUCAAGCUAAUGUCCACAACUUACUUAGUUGCGCUAUGCCAAGCCGUUGACCUAAGACAUCUCGAAGAGAAUCUAAAGAAAGCGGUUAAAGCCGCGGUGAGCCAGGUAGCGAAACGGGUCUUAACCGUUGGUGCGAACGGUGAGCUACAUCCAUCGAGGUUCACCGAGCGUGAUGUCCUUCUAGUUGUUGACCGAGAGUUCGUGUUCUCAUACGCAGACGAUCCCUGCAGCCUCACUUACCCACUGAUGCAGAAACUUAGACACAUUCUUGUCGACCACGCUUUAGCGGAUCCAGAACGCGAGGCUAAUUCCACGACAUCGGUUUUCCAGAAAAUCGGAGCGUUUGAGUCUGAGCUGAAAUUGCUUCUCCCUAAAGAAGUGGAACGCAUCCGGACUGAGUACGAGGAAGGAUCCUCGGUUAUAGCUAACAGGAUUACGGAAUGUCGGUCUUAUCCGUUGUACCGAUUCGUCCGCAACGAGCUGGAGACUGAGCUGCUUACCGGAGAGAAUGUUCGGUCGCCGGGAGAGGAGUUUGAUAAAGUGUUUACGGCGAUUUCUGAUGGAAAACUUAUUGAUCCUUUGUUGGAAUGUCUGAAGGAGUGGAACGGAGCUCCGAUUCCGAUCUGUUGA